UCAUUCUUUCGAAAUACGCUAAAGCCUAAAAGGGGUACGUUGAAGACCCCAUUAUUUCUUUCCUAGCAAUAGCAUAAACAUAUUUCCCAAUUCUCUGUAACAGUUGAUUUCCCUUGCCAAGAAAAUUCAAGAAAAAGUUGCUACUCAACUUAAAAGAAACUGCAGUUCCAUAGUGGAAAAUGAACUCAUUAAGAUCACCUUCUCUGCAGAAAGAUAAUUCCAACUACAAGUAUAUGCAAACAAAUAAAGACAAAGAAUUGUCGGUUACUAAAGAAAGAAUUUUGAAGUCAUCCAAAUUGGGUUCAGUGCAUCCUUUUCAUGCCCCUCUUUCUGAGCUUGAUCAGACACAAAAUCACGGACAAACAGAACGGUUGAAGGGUGUCUAUAAUGGCCUUACCACAUCUAAAGAGCUGUUGCAUGUUCUGAGUCAUGUCGAACAGCGGGAAACUACAUGUUUAUCCCUUUUCUCAUCUAUAAAAACUGAGCUUGACCGGUUGUGUAAUCAGGUGUCUAAACUAAUAAACGAACACAGAUAUAACCACAGUGACCUUGAUCUCCUCUUGAAGAAGUUUGAAGAAGAAAAGAUGUCCUGGAAGAUCAAAGAGCAAGACAACAUUCAUACUGCCAUUACAUCCGUAGCGUGGGAGCUCAAGAUAGAGAAGAAGCUGAGGAACCAAACUGAGAGAUUAAAUAAGAAGCUUGGUAGAGAAUUGGCGGAUACAAAGACAUCUCUUUCGAAAGUAGUUAAAGAACUUGAAGACGAGAAGAAGGCCAGAGAGAUAUUGGAGCAAGUCUGUGAAGAAUUAGCUAGAGGUCUCGGAGAAGAUAGAGCUGAGGUGGAAGAAUUGAAGAGACAAUCUGCUAAAAUUUGUGAAGAGGUGGAAAUGGAACGGAAAAUGCUUCAACUAGCUGAUGCGAUGCGCGAGGAAAGAGUUCAAAUGAAGCUUUCAGAUGCCAAGUAUCAAUUUGAGGAGAAAAAUGCAGUUGUUGAUAAGUUAAGGAAUGAAUUUGAAGGGUAUUUUAGAUCUAAAAAGGGCCAUGAACAAGGUGGUGAUUUGCAUAAUUUUGAAACGAUCAAUGAGCUCGAGAGACGUUUGAGAGAAACGCUUCCAAGCACACACCAUUACCAAGAUAAAGAAAAGGCAGAUGGAGAAGUACUCACUAAGGAAGAGAAUGGAGACAAAGAUGAUUCAGCUGAUAGCGAUCUUCAUUCCAUUGAAUUAAACAUGGUUGAUAAUGGCAAGAGCUAUCAAUGGUGCACUGCUUUACAGAAUGAUCCAAUAUUUUCGGUUUCUGAUAAGAAUAAAGAGAGGAGGUCCAUCUCGGAGAAAUUCCCAAGACAAAGCGCUUCCUUAGAAAGGGAAACUUCAGAUGGCAUAGAGUGGGAAUUCUCAGCGGGAGAGAAAGAAAACAUGAACACUUUGGAUAGAGGAAUCUCAAACUUUCAUAAUAAUGGAGGAAUACUAGACUUCUCUUCUCAAGCAGGGAAAAAGGAUUGUGGAGAUGAGAUUGAGAGAUAUAAAAUGAUCAAGGAACUUCGAGAUCAUAUUGUUUCUGCUUCAACAAUAACAUCUUCUCAAGACUUUUCUAGUCCAACCGAGAAUUGGAGUCAGCACAGAUUUUCUUCCGAUGAUCCUAAAAAAGUGAUGGGCAAGGAAUUUUUCGUCUUGUAGGAAGCAACUUGAACGAAAGCCAGUAUGCCAUUUUCAAGAAUCCAUCAUAAAAUGCAUGUUUGUCCUCCUGAUCCACAGAUUGCAUAAUUAUAUGGACAUAAUUAUGUUGUUCUUUGUCUGAACUAAUAGCUGAAUAUUUAGGAAUGUGGACAGAAUCUUGUGUUUUCGCUGUUUGUACAAGAUAAACAGUACAAAAGUGUGCUGAUGUGGCAACGAAAAGGCCA